AUGUAUAUCAAGCAGAUCAUCAUCCAAGGCUUUAAGAGCUACAAGGACCAGACGGUCAUCGAACCUUUUUCGCCGAAGCACAAUGUCAUCGUCGGUCGCAACGGUUCAGGGAAGAGUAACUUCUUCGCUGCCAUUCGGUUUGUUCUCAGCGAUGCCUAUACUCAGAUGGGAAGGGAAGAGCGUCAGGCUCUUCUGCACGAGGGCUCCGGUUCUGCCGUAAUGUCCGCAUACGUCGAGAUCAUCUUCGAUAACUCCGAUGAACGAUUCCCCACGGGAAAGCCAGAGGUGGUUCUCCGCAGAACCAUAGGACUCAAGAAGGAUGAAUACACCUUGGACCACAAGAAUGCGACCAAGGCCGAUGUCAUGAACCUGCUAGAGUCCGCCGGCUUCUCGCGAUCGAACCCGUAUUACAUCGUGCCUCAGGGCCGUGUGACUACUCUGACCAAUAUGAAAGAUUCGGAGCGCUUGAUGCUGCUGAAGGAAGUAGCUGGAACUCAGGUUUAUGAGGCACGCCGCGCGGAGUCUCUGAAGAUUAUGAACGAAACCAACAACAAGAGAGCCAAAAUCGAUGAGCUCCUAGAUUACAUCAACGAGCGGCUUCGGGAGCUCGAGGAGGAAAAGGACGAACUCCGGAACUACCAGGAGCAAGACCGAGAGAGGAGAUGUCUCGAGUACACAAUCUACUCGCGCGAGCAGGCAGAAAUUGCAAAUGCCCUUGAAGCCCUUGAAGGACAGAGGCAGACAGGUGUCGAGGACACAGAUACGAAUCGAGAGCAUUUUAUUCAGGGGGAGAAAGAAAUGGCUCAGAUUGACGCGGAAAUUGCCGAAUGCAAGCAGCAGAUCGAGUUCCUUAAAGUGGACAAAGCACAGCUAGAAGACGAGCGCCGCGAGACCUCCCGAGCUUUGGCUCAGGUGGAAUUGCAGGCGAAGGCCCUGGCAGAUGGCCAGUCUGCCGCGCAGCAGUCGAAGGCACGCCACGAUACGGAUCUCAAAUCUGUCAAAGAAGCCAUCCAGAAACGUGAAAGUGAGCUUCAAGAGCUGAUUCCUCGGUUCAACGCCGCCAAGGAACAGGAGGAUAAGGUCAAAGUUCAGCUGGACGAAGCAGAGACUGUACGCCAGCGGCUGUAUGCCAAACAAGGAAGGAAUUCCCGUUUCAGAAACAAGUCCGAGCGAGAUAAAUGGCUCCAGAAGGAAAUUCAGGAGACUAGGAAUUCCAUUACGUCUGUCAAGGCUGUCAGGGCGCAGACCAGCGAGGAUAUCAAAGAGCUUGAGAACAGCAUUGCUCUUUUGGAGCCUGAAAUCGAAUCUCUCCGCAAACAGAUUGAUGGCAGGGGCGAUGCGAUGCAAUCUAUCGAGCAAGAGGUACAGGCUGCCAAGGAUGAGAGAGACCGCCUUAUGGACCAGAGAAAGGAACUAUGGAGAGAGGAAGCGAAACUCGACUCGGUGCUGGCAAAUGCCUCUCAUGAAGUCGAGCGAGCCGAACGGAAUCUAUCACAAAUGAUGGAUAAUAACACGAGUCGUGGAAUUGCUGCUGUUCGCAGGAUCAAGCGCCAAUACAACCUCGAAGGUGUCUAUGGGACCUUGGCCGAAUUGCUUGAAGUGAAUGACCGAUACCGCACGGCUGUUGAGGUUACCGCUGGCCAAAGCCUUUUCCAUUACGUUGUUGAUACCGAUGACACCGCGACCAAAGUUCUUGAGGUCCUGCAAAAGGAGAAAGCUGGCAGGGUCACAUUUAUGCCUCUCAACCGACUAAAGCCUCGUACUGUAAACCUGCCUAAGGCUAGCGAUGCUAUUCCCAUGAUUGAGAAGUUACAGUUUGACCCUGCCUAUGAGAAGGCAUUCAUGCACGUGUUUGGAAAGACAAUCAUCUGCCCGAAUCUGCAAGUCGCGUCACAGUAUGCCAGAAGCCAUGGUGUGAACGCCAUCACUCCGGAGGGUGAUCGCUCUGAUAAGCGGGGUGCCUUGACUGGUGGUUUCCACGAUUCUAGGCAGUCGCGUCUUGAGGCUGUGAAGAAUCUCGCAAAAUGGCGCGACGAAUAUGAAGCCAAGAAGAAUCGUGCAAAUGAGAUUCGCAAGGAAUUAGAGAGGCUGGAUCAGAUUAUCACCCAAGCUGUUGGUGAAUUACAGAAGCUCGAGCAGCGGAGACAGCAAGUCCAGGGCAGCAGUGGGCCAAUGCGACAAGAGCUUAGGAGCAAACGCGAUUUACUUCAGAACAGAAACGACAACCUCGAUGCCAAACAACGAGCUCUCCGAAAUCUUGAUGCAAAUCUGUCCGCAUUAGAGAGUCAGGUUAAUGCUCUGGAGGCAGAGAUGUCGUCUCCGUUCCAAAAGGCGCUGACGGCCGAAGAAGAGGCACAGUUGGAGACUCUCGGCUCUACGGUACAGAAUCUUCGACGUCAAUAUUCAGAGCUCUCUAGCCGACGCAGUGAGCUUGAGGCUCGAAAGUCGGUCUUGGAAGUUGAACUGCGAGAGAAUUUGUAUCCGCGUCUCGACCAGCUUAGCAGCCAAGAGCUUGACUUAAGAGAAGAUGCCAUCCAGGGUAACCUCAAAGAGAGCCAACGAGAGAUGAAGAAGCUCAGCAGUGCCUUGGAGAAGAUCAAUCAGCGUCUCCAACAGGUGGAUGCCUCGAUUGAGCAGAGUAAUGGGCAGAUCUCUCAGUUGGAACGCCGCAAAGCCGAGAUACGGAACGAACUGGAGGCCCUUGCCAAGUCCAUCGAGAAGCAUCAGAGGAGGAUGGAGAAGAGCAUGCAGAAGAAGGCUGCACUGACCAAGCAGGCGGCAGAGUGCAGCGCCAAUAUCCGUGAUUUGGGCGUUUUGCCAGACGAGGCAUUUACCAAAUAUAAGGACGUGGAUUCCAACACUCUGGUGAAGAAGCUACAUAAGGUUAACGAGUCCUUGAAAAAGUACUCUCACGUCAACAAAAAGGCCUUUGAACAGUACAACAAUUUCACCAAGCAACGUGAGGCGUUGACUAAGAGAAGAGAAGAGCUGGAUGCAUCUCAGAAGUCGAUUGAUGAGUUGAUUACGGUGCUGGAUCAGAGAAAGGACGAAGCGAUUGAGCGAACAUUCAAACAGGUCUCCCGUGAAUUCGCCAAUAUAUUUGAAAAGCUCGUUCCCACCGGCCGGGGCCGUCUGAUCAUCCAGCGGAAGACGGAUCGGGCACUUCGACAGGACAACGAGAUUGAGUCUGAAGACGAAGAUCGCCGUGAUAGUGUUGAAAACUACGUUGGCGUGGGCAUCAGUGUCAGUUUCAACAGCAAGCACGACGAGCAGCAGCGGAUUCAGCAGCUCAGUGGUGGGCAAAAGAGUAUGCAAUUCCCCUCCGUGCUCGAACUGUUAGAUCUUUGCUUUUGA